UUGCAUGAAAUUGAUACAAACGCGAUAUGUAUCACUCGACGUCGAUCGAUAUGAAUAGAUUGCAUGAUGGGUUACAUGAAGUACAGGAAGAAGCAUAUAUAUAAAGAUGUGGCGUACGUAUGCCUAUCAAUUGGAUAGUUGUUAUCUCUUCUUUGAUUACCUCCUGGGAAAGUGCUGGAGCGCUUGGACGAGCCAGACUUCACCAUCAACGUCGGGGGCCACUAUACCUUACCAUUGGUCCUGAAUUCCCCAGCCUCAUAAGCGCUCUAGUACUUGUCAAUCUCGCCGUUAAAGAGAUCAGCCAUGGCUUCUAGCUUGACACAGCCCGUCAACGCAACAAACAGAUCGAUUCUGACUCCAGUCAUGACGUUGCAGGGUUAUAAACCUUCGGAAGGCGAGCAAUACACAGAUGUCCUGCACCAUGUUUCAUCCAUUUCCUACUUUCCGGACGGUCAGAAAAUGAUGAGUGGAUCUUGGGACAGCACUGCUCGGCAAUGGGAUCUACAAGUGGGUAAAGAAAUUGAGAAGGUGCGGGAUGUUUGGGAGGGGAAGGUGGAUGCGGUGGAGGUAUCAAGGGAUGGUCGAUGGGUCGUCGCUGCUGGUGGAGAAAAUAAUUACAAGGAUAAGUAUGGGAAGCUCCGAGCCUGCGAGGUCGAGACUGGGAUUGUUAAAACAUUUGAAGGGCACUCAAAUAAGAUCACCUGCAUCGAUAUCUCCGCGGACACCACUUUGCUGGCGAGCGGGUCAGAGGAUUCCACGCGUAUAUGGAGCUUGGACACUGGCAAACUUGUGGCCGGUCCAUUCAAAAGUGAUGCAUCUCGUAAUGAUGUGGGCGCUGUUCGAUUCUCAGGAGACUCCAAAAAGCUGGCAGUCAAGUCACUUUUUGGGACGCGCCUCGACAUUUUGCAUGUACAUACACAGAAACUGGAUGCCAGAGUGGGGAAAUCAGGCAAUGGUGGGAUCUGGACAUGUGCGCCAGUAUUUUGGACAGCAGGGGACAAAACCAUCAUAGCCGCAUUCUCCUUCAAUUACUCGGCAGUUUCGGAUAUCGACUUUGAAUCCCCCCGAACAAUCCACGAGUUCGACGCAUCAACACUGAAGAUUGUUGGAGUCCCCUUCAAAGGACACACCUUGAUUGUCACAGGUCUAGCACUCUCAUUUGAUGGUGAUCUCCUCGCUAGCGCUUCCCAAGACAACACCAUCAAGCUCUGGGCUUUCAAGUCGCGCCAACUCCUCGCUUCAUUCUACGUUCAGGAACCACACUGUAUCAUCCUCUCACCGAACUCACAUCAACUGGCUUACACGACUUGGUGCGACUUAAAGUCCAGGAUUUACAUAUGCGACAUUCCAUCCAACAUCCUUGUCAGUAUAUGGCCUGCGCAAGAAGCACAGCCCAAUAUCAAUACACUUCGCAAUCCACAGCGCACCUUGCGCCAUAACCCCAUCAGAGCUCCUAUUCCCAUCCCGCCACUUCUGCCUACAAUAUACCCACAGCGACCCACUUUUCUUCACUACCUUCGCAAACUUCUCCCUUCUUCCUCCAGCACGGACGCACUCCGUCCUAUUCGGAACCACGAGCCUCGCGAUCCACUGGACUUUCCUGCUACGUUGCCCCUCCCUUCAAAUUACUCUCCCUCGGGGCAGGCCACGACUCAGGUGCGUUCAUAGAUGGAUUCUGGCGAGAAUGCGAGUGUUCACUGUCGUAAUCACGUUUUCAGCCUCGAUUUGCAUCACUACCGCCUGCCUCCCAGUCAACUACUGCGACUCCCACUAACUUCAAAGCCCGCAUGCGCCAAUUAUCGGCCCGGUUGCCUAUCGUCAAUGUUCCUCUCGCGCAGGGUAGAGAGCGCAACGUUGCAGCGGGUACUCCCGCUAAGAAUGAUGAUGGUUUUAUCCUUGAUGAAGACUAUGUCUCUCCUCCUCCUUCACCGACCCCCGAUUCACAACCUCAAUCCACGGCAAGGCCGAGUAAUGUUACAUCUGGAGAGCAUGGAGGCCGCCUCUCAUGUUUCUGCUUUUAGCACUCUUUCGAAGGUAGUUCAUUUUGAAUUGUUGCAGGCGUUGUCUUAUUAUGUAAACAUGU